CAAAAAAACAUCAUCACUAUUAUUGUAAGAAAGCUAAUGAAUUUAAUUAAUUAUUAUUAUCGAAUUAUUUUAAAUUGUCAUUUUAUUAAAAAUCUUCCUAAUCUUUAUUUAAUUGCCUUUAAUCAUCCCCUUAAACAUUAUUAUUUCCAUUAUUACUAUUAUUACCAUUAUUAUUAUUAUUACCAUUAUUACUAUUAUUACCAUUAUUACCAUUAUUAUUAUUGUUUUAAUUAUUUUCCUCAUCACUAUCUUACAUAUUAUUCCACUUAUCAAUUUCUGCUCUUCUUUCUUCUGAAGUUUUUUUUUACAUAGAAUAACUUCCUGACUUAGAUUCUUUUUUAGAAUGAUGUUUUUUCUUUUUUGACCCUCCGUGGUCUUUUUUACUUUUUUUAUUACUUCUCGAUCUAGAGUAUUUUUUUUUCUCUCUUUUAUGUUUUUUCUCUUCAUCACGAGAUUUAGAACUACUCUUACUAGCACUCCUAUUUCUAUAUUCUGGAUGUUCUUCAUACAUUUACCUAAAAAGCGAUCUUUUGAAGCUCCUACUAAUUUACUUACUAUGAAUAUAAUUG